AUGCAAGAUUAAUAAAGCAUAUACAGUAAUCCUUGGAAUAAAUUGAAUACAAAAAAAGAGAAGGCAUACAUGUUAGCUAUGUCUAUAGAUAAGCAUCCAGAAUUCAAGACUGAAAUUUUAGAUGCUUAAGUUUAAUAAUAAUAGACUAAGAAUAUCUUUAAAGAUCCAAUUAGUAUAUAAUUGUGUAAAUAUGAUUCUGCUAUUGGUCCAAAAUUAGAAAAUAAUAAAAUUGUUAUACGAUCUAUAGUGGGUAAUCCAGAAAUUUUCAAAAGGAAAUUUAGUUAAUUGACAGGAUAGGAUCCAAAAUCAAGUAGUAGAAGAACUUUUUAAAAGGGAAAUACAACAAAUACAUUUAGAAAUAAUAAUAUAACAAAAACUUAAUAAAUAUUUACAGGAGAGGAGUUAUUGGCAAAAGUUAAUUUAAUUGAGAAACAUUUAUUUGAAUCUCGUUUAAAGGAGGAUUAAGAAUUAAUGAAAAUGCCAUUUUAAAAAAAAUAAAUUAAAUUGAAAGAAACAAGAGCUUUAGAUGAAUAUUUAAAAUUAGAAAAAGAUUAGAACAAUCUAUUAUAAGGAGUAACAAAAUAAGCAAAUAAAGAUCCAAGUAAAUCAGUUAUGAUGGAAUGUUAUAAAUUUAGGAGAAGAAAAGAGUAUUGUAUAACAAAUGAUUCAUUAAACAGAAAUAAUGAAGAUAAGACAAUGAAAAUAUUGUAAAUUACAAUUUCUAAUUAGGGAAAUAGAUGAUGAAAGUGGUUAUCCUUUAUUUAUGAUGUCAUAAAAUGAUUAAGUUAUAAGAAAACCAAGUAUUAUAAAUUAAGAUGAGACUACAUAAUCAAUAUUGAGAUAAUUAAAUGAUGAACCUGUUUAUAAGAGUUUUUCAAGUAAAGAUUAUUUAAAAACUCAAUCCAAUAGAUAUACAAAGAUAGCUGCUGAUAAAAUUAAUAUAAAUAUUGAUAACUUAUUAAUAAUUGGAUAAAGUAAAUUAGAUUAAGAAAUUAAAUUUGAUAUAAAUGGAAAAUAUAUACUUUAACCAAUUGAAAAGGGUAAUGGUGAAGAAGUAAUUACUGAAAAUUAUGGAGCAUAUUACAAAAUAAAUUACAAAUGA